GCGACACUUUCGGCCUCUGGCUGCUCUCGUCCUGCUUCCCGAGUGACGGAUCCACUGACUGACUGACUCGCGGAGUCCCGAGCGCCAUGGCGUCCGCCGGAUUGGCCACCGGGCGGCAAGCCGAGGACGCGUUACCGCUGCCGGCCGAGCCACCGCUGCCCGAGACGAAGCCCCAGCCGCCACCGCCGGUCGCCGCGCCGCAGCAGCCUUCGCCGGCGCCGAGGCCGCCCUCCCCCGCAGCCAUGAAGGAGGAGACCUAUUCCUUCUUACCUUUGGUCCACAACAUAAUCAAAUGCAUGGACAAGGACAGCCCGGACAUCCACCAGGACCUGAACGCUCUCAAAACCAAGUUCCAGGAGAUGCGGAAGGUCGUCAGCACCAUGCCUGGCAUCCACCUGAGUCCUGAGCAGCAGCAGCAGCAGCUGCAUAGCCUCCAGGAGCAAGUCAAGACCAAGAACGAGCUUCUGCAGAAGUACAAGAGCCUCUGCAUGUUCGAGAUCCCCAAGGAGUAGACUAGGCAGGCUGUCAGGGAUGCCCAUGAGAGAGCUGAGGAUCCAAUGGCCUUGCUGCCCCGAACCCUUCUGCUGGUGUGGGUCAACACCAGCUCUGGACUCUAGCUUACUGGGGCAGGGGCCACCGUACUGCUUCCUUAGCUGAGAGGAGCCCGCCUAGGAGCUUGGCUUUAUGAGAGCAUAUAUGUAUAUGUAUGUGUAUGUGUAUAUGUGUGUAUGUACGUAUGUGUGUGUGUUCGUUUGUUCCUAGAGGCUGCAGCGGGGAUGGAGGCCUACCUCUGGGGGGGGCUUCUGCUCUGCGUUCCAGCUCCACCGGCAUAUCCAAAGAGCAGAGUAGGAAAGGAGACCUCUCCUCCUCGUUCCUGCCUUCCCUGUCCUCCUGCUGCCUGGACAUACAUGAUCAGUGUGUCCCAGAUACAUAUUGUUCUGUUAAUGGCAGUGCCAUUCAACAUUUGCAUAGAAUCCUCUGGACGGAUGAGGCCUUGUGCUCACAUGGCAUGGGUUUAAAGUGGCAAAGGAAGGCUGCGAGAGGGCACUGUUUUCAAAGACUACAAGGUGGCUUUUUCUCCUAAAACAAUGUUUCUUUUUAUGUUUGAGCCAAUGAAUAUAACUGUGCCCCUGCGGGUGUCAGCCAGAGCCCUGCCAGAUGAUGGUUCCUUGUCCAGGUUCUCUGCCACUGCAUGUUCUUGCUACUUUUAGCUCUUGCUUCCUUAAUUUCCUGACAUUGACAGUCACAGUUUAGCCAUUAAUGCCCAAGAGUGGCCGAACCACCUCAAACCUAACACAGGGCCAGAUGGUGCUGUUGUUUCAGCGCAGACCCAGACAGGCUUCCAGGUAAAUGGGUGUGACCCACCAGUUCUGAUUUGGUUCUGAAGGGUGGAGUGAGCUAUAUCUGGAAGUUAUGCAGCCUAGUCCUGGUUUAUAAAAUGUUUACAAACACCCCUAAUUUCUUGCAGAUAGGAUGUUUUAUUUGCCCCUUAAGGAUAAGGUGAGAAUAGUAACCGAAUACUCUUUAAAUCUAGAAAUGAGCGAAUAACCUGCGCCGACGAGUUCAGGGGCUUAACAGAUGCUUGCUGACUGACCUUGUUGGCAGGUUGGCUGAACGUGUUUUUAUUUUAGCACAGGUUAGGUUCAUGUGUCCCUCCAGCCACCUGUUAGAUGGCAGGCAUGUUGGGAACUCAGAUGUGUGACGGGGGAUAUCAAGUUUCAGUCUUUGGACAGAAGAGCAGGCUCUGAAUUUAAAUGGAUAGUCACCUAUAUUAGACUUCUACCCUGGGACCAUUAUUUAACUGAAUCAGUUAUUUUCUUGAAAUUUCACAGUCGUGUGGGCCGGUUUUAAGGCUCUGACCAAAUACCAUGAAAUACAUAGAAUACAAGACCACUGGGGCCUUUCUGCAAGGCUGAAAUUUCAGUGUUUUGGCUUGUGACAUUUUUCAAGAGUAUAAUUAAACAAACUGGUGCUCUGC